CAUUCAAACGCCUGUCCUUCAGUUAUACAAACCAUCCCACAGUGUCAUGUCCCUCAGCACAGUUUGCCCAUUUUCUUCCAAAGUAAUACAGUACAGUAUCGUUAACAAUCCAACCUAUGUAUUGUAUUGAUUUGUGGUAGGCCGUAUUGGCGGUCAAAAAGGACAAGACAAAAGGACGAUACCAUCGACACUUUUAGCAGAUUUGGAUUGGGUUUAAAUGCUGCGUUAGCUAGCUUGUAGCGAACCUAACGUUUUGCCGACUUGUUCUGGAAAACCUCUUGGAUGAAUCACCGUGUCUACUGCUGUAUUUGCACAGUACAGGACCUUAACUCACCAUGCACCCUGACCUGUCACCCCACCUACACACAGAUGAGUGUAAUGAGUUAAUAAACCGCCUGAAACAGUGUCACUCUGAGCAUAAUUUCCUGAAGUUCUUUGGGACGUGUAACGACGUUGACCGCGCCAUGCGUCACUGCCUGAAGAAUGAGAGACUGGAAAAGCGGGAGCGUAGCAAACAGCAUGCACAAGCCAUGAAAAAGAGGCUCAAAGAAGGACCCAAGGAAAAAAAAAUGAAAGACAUUUAAAUUACAAGCUUGCAUCCAAGUGUCCAGAUGAGAUGCCGAACUAAGCAUGUCUCACUGCUUUGGUGGUUAAAAUCAUACAAAUGUCUGAAUGUUGAUGACUUUGUGGCAGAGGGUGGCACAUGACAGUAUCUUAACGUUUGGUUAUGUACAAUGACCUCCAAAAGCAUUGGAACAGCAAAGUCAGUUCCUUUGUGUUUGUUGUAUACUGAAAACAUUUGGGUUUCAGAUCAAAAGAAUAUGAGACAAAAGUUCAGAAUUCCAGCUUUGAAUUUAUGGUAUUUACAUCUACAUGUGUUAAGCACAGAGCACCUUUUGUUUGAAGCCACCCACUUUUCAAGUGAGCAAAAGUAUUGGAACAGAGAUUAAUAAAUGAACUUAAAAGUGAGUAAUAUUUAGUAUUUGGUGGGAUAACCCUUACUUGGAAUAACUGCAUCAAACCUGUGACCCAUUGACUUCAUCAGACUGUUGCAUUCUUCAUUUGAAAUGCUUUUCCAGGCCUUCACUGCAGCUUCUUUCAGUUGUUGUUAGUUUCUGGGGGUUUCUCCCUUCAGUCUCCUCUUCAGGAGGUAAAAUGCAUGCUCUAUUGGGUUAUGGUCCGGUGAUUGACUUGGCUAGUCUAAGACCUUCCACUUUUUCCUCCUGAUGAAGUCCUUUGUUGUGUUGUGUUGUAAACUAAUCAGGAGAAGCUUCACCUCCUGAUUAGUUUGGAUGCAUUUUUCUGUAAAUUGCCAGACUAAAUGGUUGCGUGGAGUUCAGAAUUAAUUAAUUUAUUAUUAUUCAUCAUCAAUAAAGACUAGUGAGCCUUUUCCAGAAGCAGCCAUGCAAGCCCAAGCCAUGACAUUACAUCCACCAUGCUUCACAGUUGAGCUUGCGUGUGUUGGAUUAUAAGAAGAUCCUUUCUUUUUCCAUACUUUGGCCUUUCCAUCACUUUGGUAGAGGUUAAUGUUGGUCUCAUCAGUCCAUAAAACUUUGUUCUAAAACAUUUGUGGCUCAUCUCUGUACUUCUUAGCAAAACCGAAUCUGGCCUUCACCCCUGCCUUGUGGAGGUUGGCGGUGAUGUCACUGAUGGUUGUUUCUUCCCAGCUCUCACAAUUUUUCUGUCAACUGCUGUUGAUACCCUUGGCCGACCUGUUUGUCUGAUGUUCAGUACACCAGUAGUUUCUUUUUCAGAAAUUUCCAAAUUGUUGUAUUAGCUAUGCCCAAUGUUUGUGGAAUAGCUCUGAUCGAUUUCUCCCUCUUCUCAGCUUCAAAAUGGUUUGCUUUUUUCGCUUAGACAGCUCUCUGAUCUUCAUGUUGGCUUCACAGCAAAUGAAGUUUUCACAGGUGAAAGCCAAAAACAAGCACUAUUAUUUAAGCAAUCAAUCUAAAAGGCAACACCUGAGCAACUAGAAACACCCAUCAGUCAUAUGUUCCAAUACCUUUGCUCACUUGAAAAGUGGGUAGGUUCAAACAAAAGGUGCUCUGUCCGGAGUUGUUUAACACAUCUAGAUGUAAAAUCCAUAAAAUAAAAGCUAGAAUUCUGAACUUUUGUCUCCUAUUCAUCCUUUGAUCUGAAACCCAAAUGUCUUCAGCAUACAACAAAAACAAAGGAAUUGACCUUGCUGUUCCAAUACAUUUGGAGGGGACUGUAUACUGUCCAGCAGUGGCAAAUCCUGUGAUGGAGGACACUGGACAGUUUACACCCACAUAAAAAGAACACCAUAACAUUAUUUGUCAUCUGUUGGCCUUCAAACAUGCAUCAGCCUUGUUCAAGACAAGAAAAUUUGUUGGUGGGAAUUAGCAAUUCUCAGGACAUUUCAGGUACACCCACACAAUAAAACAACAGCUAAUAUAAAAACUGUAUUAAAAUCAAUUCUGCCUUCAAAGAUGCUCAUUUUUGAUUGACACAACAAAAUGUGCACUCUUGCUUUUGUAUUUUCCAGUGUUAUAGAACUGUACUACAUCCUACUGAGUGCUGUUCCUACUAAUAUUUAAAAAUUUUAACUAUGGGAAGGGCAAAAUAUUAGAAACACCUCUCUGUAUGAUGAAAUAUUUUUGUAGCUGGAUUAUUUAGACAGUGAAAUCUUUUUUUUCUCUGCUGGACUAAUCUCCAUCUGGGUUGGGAAUAAUAUUGAUUCGUGUAAUUUCCUUCAAAUAAAGUGUUCAUAUUAAAGGAACUUCACAGA